AUGAAGAUUGCUGCAAAGCAGCUGUGUCAUGAGCUACAUGUUCAUCUGAUUGAUCUGGAUACUAUUGAUGUCAGCAACCUCAACAGGCAGUUUUUGUUUCAAAAGAAACAUGUUGGGAGGUCAAAAGCACAGGUUGCCAAGGAAAGCGUGUUACAGUUUUACCCAGAAGCUAAUAUUAUAGCUUAUCAUGACAGUAUCAUGAAUCCUGACUAUAAUGUAGAAUUCUUCCGGCAAUUUACAUUGGUUAUGAAUGCUUUGGAUAACAGAGCUGCACGUAACCAUGUGAAUAGGAUGUGUCUGGCUGCUGAUGUUCCUCUUAUAGAAAGUGGAACUGCAGGCUACCUUGGACAAGUAACAGUUAUCAAAAAGGGAGUAACAGAGUGUUAUGAAUGUCAUCCUAAACCAACUCAGAAGACUUUUCCAGGUUGCACAAUUCGCAACACUCCAUCAGAACCUAUUCACUGCAUUGUGUGGGCUAAGUAUUUGUUCAAUCAGUUGUUUGGUGAAGAAGAUGCUGAUCAGGAAGUAUCCCCUGACCGAGCUGAUCCUGAAGCUGCCUGGGAGCCAACAGAAGCAGAAGCGAGAGCAAGAGCAUCUAACGAAGAUGGUGAUAUUAAACGUGUUUCAACCAAGGAAUGGGCUAAAUCAACUGGAUAUGAUCCAGUUAAACUUUUCACUAAGCUUUUCAAAGAUGAUAUCAGAUAUCUGUUGACAAUGGAUAAACUGUGGAAAAAAAGGAAACCUCCAGUGCCAUUGGACUGGACCGAAGUACAGAAUCAAGAGAAAAACACAUCUGAGCAACCGAAUGACUCCUCCUUAGGCCUGAAAGACCAACAGGUUCUGGAUGUCAAGAGCUAUGCACGCCUGUUUUCAAAGAGCGUUGAAACUCUGAGAGUUCACCUAGCAGAAAAAGGUGAUGGAGCAGAGCUUAUAUGGGAUAAGGAUGACCCAUCUGCAAUGGAUUUUGUAACUUCUGCUGCAAACCUCAGAAUGCACAUUUUCAGUAUGAAUAUGAAGAGCAGAUUUGAUAUCAAGUCAAUGGCAGGAAAUAUUAUCCCUGCUAUAGCAACAACUAAUGCAGUGAUUGCUGGCUUGAUAGUGCUGGAGGGUUUGAAGAUUUUAUCAGGAAAAAUAGACCAAUGUAGAACGAUUUUUCUGAACAAACAACCAAACCCAAGAAAGAAGCUCCUUGUUCCUUGUGCAUUGGAUCCUCCAAAUCCCAAUUGUUAUGUGUGUGCAAGUAAACCAGAAGUGACAGUGAAACUUAAUGUACACAAGGUUACUGUGUUGACAUUACAGGAUAAGAUAGUGAAAGAAAAAUUUGCUAUGGUAGCACCAGAUGUACAGAUAGAUGAUGGAAAAGGGACUAUUCUCAUAUCUUCAGAGGAGGGAGAAACAGAAGCAAAUAACCACAGGAAAUUAUCAGAAUUUGGAAUUCGGAAUGGCUCUCGACUACAAGCAGAUGAUUUCCUGCAGGACUAUACCCUGUUAAUCAAUGUGCUUCAUAGUGAAGAUCUAGAAAAAGAUGUAGAAUUUGAAGUUGUUGGAGACGCUCCUGAAAAAGUUGGCCCCAAACCAUCAGAGCCAGUUUCUAAGAACAUUACCAAUGGUAGUGAUGAUGGAGCACAGCCAUCGACUUCAACAGCUCCAGAUCAAGAUGAUGUAUUAAUAGUUGAUUCUGAUGAUGAAGAUCCUUCAACCAAUACUGAUGAUAUGGAAAAUAAAAACCGCAAGAGAAAACUAGAAGAUAGAGAGCAUGUCAGUACAAAGAGAAUGCGUACAGACCAGACAGAAGAGCAAGAUGACAUAAUAGCACUAGAUUGAGUGCAAAUACCCAAUGAGAGAAAGAUCUAGAUAAUGUAAUACAAUAAGAUGUUACUUUGGGGUGUGUUAAAUGUCCAGAACUAGACUAUUUUUAUGGCCUUUGUUCCCAGGGGAAUCACAUCAUUAGAUGACAGAAUUUGUGUCCAUUCCUCUUGAUGGCAAAGCACUAAUUUCAAUAGAAUCUUAGAAGUUUUCCAAUAUGCUAUAUUAAAUGUAGUAGAAACUUAGUUUAUAAAUACUUAAACAUAAGUAUUUGCUUAAACAGUCAUGAAAACAAAGCAUGUUAUUUUUAUGUAAAUACAUUUAGCUAUAAUUCAUUAGGACAAAAAAUCCUGUAGUAAAAGGGUCAUCAUUUGAAACCCAGAUUUAUAAACAUUAGAUUUUUAUUUUGGCUAGACAAAAAUAUAUUUAGCCUAGAUCUAACCAUUUUUCACACCCUUAAAUAAUCUGAGAUAGCAGAUUCUUUGAAAGAAAAGAAAUAUGAAGUGCUAUGUUUAAAUUCUGAUCUUAAACAUCAACUGGCACUGUGUAUAUUACUGUAAAACAAUGUUAAUUUACUCAAGUUUUUCAGCACGUACUGCCUGGUAUGUCAAUGUAAGAAGCAAAUUUUGUGUAUUGUUACAGUUUCAGGUUAUUUAUAUUUGAUGUUUUGUAAAACUCAAAUAAUACUACUAUACUGUACAUCUCAUGGACCAAAUAAAUGACAUCUGAAAUACUUGCUAUAUCAGUUUGCACAGUCCAAGUUUAUGUGGAAUUUUUGGAUAAUUUACAAUGUAUACAGUCUUCAAAAAUUAAUACUGUACUAUUUUAAUUUUUAAAACAAUCUCAUCGUACAGAACUUAAAAAUUCAUUUGAGGUGGAAGGGGAAUUUUUUAAUAAAACUUUUGUCAGUA